UUUAUUCUAUAUUUAUGAAAUAUUGCCAGAAAAUGUAUAUCCUUUAAAGGUAACUUGAUGUCAAUGAAGUUAGCUGGCAAACUAUCUAGCAGCAUACAAAUCAAACUAAAUUAGCAAGCUACCUAAUGUUACUUGUUUGUGUGUAUUUUAAUGCAUGCUAGCUAAUAUUAAUAUUAGCUAGCUGGUAGAUAAAUUAUAAUUCUAUUUACAGAAGCUAUGUUGAAAAAACUCAGAGGCAUUGUCAUCAUUGCAUUAAUUUUAAGUUACUGAAAGCUGCUGAAAAGUUACUGAAAGCUUAGAUGUAGCCGUGAGAGAGUACUUAAAAUAUGCUAAUUCACCGUUCUUUUACCUCUCGGACCGCACUUUUCCAGAACCUUGGGCAGCAACCGAACGUCAAAGCCAAGGCCGAAAAAUACGUGCGCAUGUGUAAGAAUUUAAAAUGGCACUUCUUUUGCUCAUUGAGUAGGAACGGGUUGUUACUCCUGUUUGUUUGCAUUGCGUCUUUAAAAUUUCAGGAUGUUUAACUGGGUGGUGAAAGUGGUUCCCCAGCCCCCUGGGGCUCUUGGGAACCUGGGAGAGGAAGAGAAGCCCAGCCAACCAUCAUCAGCACAAAGGAGAAAAGUGACCUUUCAAGAUGAAGCCAGUAAAGCGAAGCCCAAGGAUGAGGAGACCUCAGAAGAGAACAAUGUCCAGGGUGGGAUGAUAACCUGGUUCUCCAGUGGGUUUGCGUAUGCACUUCCCCAACCAGCAGUGGCCUACCGGGCUAACACAGAAGCUAAGGAGGACAACAUCGUGGACAGGCAAGGAAUUGGAAUAAUUGGUUGGAUCGUACAAGGACUGGGGAAAGUGGUCCCUCAGCUAGACGACAAGUACAAAGAGGUUUCUGACCCCGAGGGUCAGACAGAGAUUCAGGAUGCAAAAGAUGUCCCAGAUGCAGACGUCCCGCCGGUGGUGGAGGUACAGUCUGGAGACGAGGUCCCUGAAGUGCCUGAAUCGCCUCCGUCCAUCUCUCCUGGCAUGGUUGAUUGGAUAAAGAAUGGCUUUGAGAAGAUAAUUCCUCAGCCUGAACUUCCAGGCCCCGCCCACUGCCCACCAGUGAAAGUUACCGCACAGCCACCGGAGGCACAGAAGGCAUCAGAUGAAGAGACUAAUAUGGUUGGCUGGUUUGUGAAGGGACUGGGCCGCAUGGUACCACAGCCAGUGCUCAGACCGAGAGACGACACCUCAGAAAUAACAGUUGUGCAAAACAUCUGCAUCUGCCAGCAGCCUGACCACUUGGUGGUGGAGGAGGUGGAGGAGGAGGCGGGCGGGGAGACAGAACAGCAGGAGAAGCCCCAGGACCUGCAGGGGGAGUCGAGCAAGCCGACACAGGUGCUGUCCACACAGCAGGAGGAAAUGGAGACGCACACGGAGGCGACCACGGUAACGCUGGAGAACAGUCAGGAGCAACUAGAGGCUGGAAGUGGGAAGGUUAAGCUAGACAGUCAAGCUGAGGAGAAUGCUCAACCUGAGGAAGACCAGGCUGCAAAGCUGGUCGAGGAGAAUGCUCAACCUGAGGAAGACCAGGCUGCAAAGCUGGUCGAGGAGAGCGGUCAACCUGAGGAAGACCAGGCUGCAAAGCUAGUCGAGGAGAGCGGUCAACCUGAGGAAGACCAGGCUCCAAAGCUAGUCGAGGAGAGCGGUCAACCUGAGGAAGACCAGCCCGCACAGGUGGCCGAGGAGGCCACUCAAGCAAGUAGCGGAGAGCAAUCGGCCAAUAUCCAGGAGGAAGAGAUGAAAGAGGUUUCUGAGUGUCUGGAGGAUAUGGGCCCUGCAGAAGGCACCCCUCCGCUGCUGGUCUCCACGGAGACUGAACCCACAGUGCCAGAGUCAAAGGAGGCGGAGCCAGAGAACUCUGUGAAAAGAGACUCGCUGGUUCUGGUGUCCACGUCAGGGGAUAAACCUGAGCCCAGCGUAGUGACCAAGCAGCCUGAGCCUACGAAGGAGGUGCAUCCUCCCUCACCCAUUGCCCAGGACGAUGAAACUGCCGAUGAGGGGUGUGGAGUGCCCACCAGCUGCAUUGCUGUGAGGAACUGGCUGAUGCAAAUGCCCCACACGUCAGAGUGCCUGGCCAACUUCAACCGGCUUCUGCAAGACCACACCAUCACAGUCCCCAAGAUGCCCUGCAAGCCUUCGCUGGGCCUCACGUGCGGGAAUCUGCCCCAUCUGCCCCAUCUGCCCCAUCUACCCCCUCAGCUCUCCCAACUGCCCCAGCGGGUUCAGCAGUACUACUUCAACAUCCUCAACAAACUCAACAGCCUCAACCCUCAGCAGGAAACUUAAGACCAGCUCCUCAUUACACCCAGGCCCCUCCCCCUCCUGUGUCAGAGGCUCAUCUUUGCCCGCCUCCCAUUGGCCCCCUGAUCUCCACUUGCUUCCCAUUCGCCCCUGAACCUUGCCUGCCUCCCAUUGGUUCCCUGAUUCUCACCUGCCUCACAUUAGCCCCCUGAUUCACCCCUACCUUCCGCACUUCACCUCUGAUUGCUGUCCAGGUGGACUGGUUGCCCUCUCCUGUGCCUUCCUGUACUGCACUGUACUGCUGCUAUCUCAGCCAUGGUUGGACACACGUGGCCUUUUUUCUCGGAUACCUUUUAAGAAUUUCAUGGCAAAGAGAGCAUUCACAUCAACCAACUGGGAGUUGAAGCAAAAGAGACUGUGUUUCCUUACCCAAGAAUACUAGCUGUUGGCUGGCUUGCUAGUGAACAAAGGUGGACUCUGCAAAUGUUUUGUGUCACCCAGCUGCCAUAUGAACAUUAAAUAUUCAAGGUCCCUGCACUAUUCUCCAAAUAACGUCCUUACCGUCCCUUAUGUCCCCAUGGAAACUAAAAGCUUUCUGGUGGUGGGUGGAGGGAACAGGGAUCACCAUCGCAGUUAUCCUGGACAGAAAUCAGUGACCCAGGCCCACUGCCUCCAGUCCCAGAUGCUGCUGUGAGGCUUUGAUGGAAGAAACACUGGUAACGACAAACGAUGAAGAGGCAAAGCAGACGGACAUUGACACUGAAUUACCUGAGAUCAGCUCUACUGCGUCCGUCCCUCCUCCUCCCCCCGUUCACCGGCCCUCCCCUAUGC